AUGCCCGAAGCCCACCCGCUCCAGCCGCUCAACGGCGCGGCGGCCCCAGUCAUACAGGUGACGGGGGAACACGAGUCCGUCCGACCGGGCCACCACCACGCGACGUUUGUGGUCGGCGGUGACGACGAGGACGUGGGGGGCCGCGCGAGCAGCCUGCGGUCGUCGCGCCGCUCACUCAAUGGCCAGGCUGCUGCGACACAGGACAAGGACAAGGAGAAGCGCAAUGGCACCGGCACCGGUAAUGGCGCGGGCAACCCCCCUGCACCGAAGGACGCAGCGCCGACAACACCGCCCAAGCCGCCCUCGGCGAUCUCCAAGACGUAUGACAAGCUCAUGAAGACGAAAUACUUCUCGUGGAUCAAGCCAAAGCUCAACUUUAACAGCAUCAAGAUUGUGAUCCGCGUUGCCAUUUCGAUGUGGCUCGGGUUUGUCCUGAUGAUGAUCCACCCUGUCGGCUUCGAGAUGGGCCCCGCGGCGUUCCUCGUGCUCAUCACGACCUCGCUCAUCCCCCCAUGGCAGAGCUUUGUGCAGGUCGUGGACACCAUCUUCAACCUCGUCCUCUACUCGUGUCUCUCGUGGUGCUGGGUACGUGCGGGCUGCGGCGACGACGUUGACCUCGACAAGAUUUGCAUCGCGUGCGUCAUUGCCCAUGCGACGCGACACCCUACCGACCCGGCAAAGAUUGCCGCGGCAGAAGCAAAGUUUGCGUACAUCACAAACCCGACGCUGAGGGACCUCAAGAUGGUGACGCACGCGACGUACCUCCAGGCGAAACCUGCCAUCGUCUCCGCCGUCUUUCUCGCCUUUGGGACUGGCCUCGCCCUAUGGUGGAAGGUCCGCACCGCGCCCAGCGCGGCGACCAUGCCCCUUGUGAUUGCGUGUAUUAUCAUGGAUGUGGGCCUUACCCUCGUCCCCAUGUACCCGACCGCCUUUUACAAGAUUGGCUGGAUCCCCAUUCAGCCCAUCUUCAUUCAGGCUGCCAUCGGCCUCGUCUGCGCCCUCUUCAUUUUCCCCCAGUCGGCGUCCCACCAGUUCCGGACCAAGUUUGCCGGCGUCGUGGACCCCCUCCACAAGGCAGUCCAGCAGAUCGAGACGCUCUUCUCCGAGGCGAGCCACAUGAACACGUUUGCCGUUUCCGAGGAGAGCAAGGAGGGUGGCAAGCCCGCUGAAGGCGAUCCGUCGGCACGCAAUGUCAGCUUUGACGCAGCCAGGGGGGACCGCGUGCGCGACUCGGCCACCGACGAGAAGCUCAAGGCAUGGGGUGACCGCAGCGCCGCGAUCCGCCAGGUGCUUCUUGGCAGUCUGGCUGGUGUCCCGCCACUCGCUGCUCAAGCUCGCUACCUCCCCAUUGAUAUCAGCUUUGGCCGCCUGUCAGGCAAGGACCUGACCGAGAUCUACCCCCUUCUCUCAGCUAUGCAGGCGCGUGCUAGCGGCCUGUCGUUCUUCUUCAACGCUAUUGUCAACAAUGUGCGGCACACGCACUUGGACUCGGCAGGAUUCUCCGCCAAAGUUGCGCUCGAGGCGCACGAUAGCAGUCGCCCACCUUCCAGGGCGCCGUCACGCCCGGCCUCGGUCCGAAACAUCCCUUCGUCGAGGGAUCUUGUCGAUCACUCAGACACGGAGAAUGGGCCCCACACACCAGGAGCCGCCAAUGGCAGUGGGCACGUCACACCGACCCAGGAUGGGGACGACACCCGCCCGGACAAGGACGCCAAGGACGAGAAUGCGCUCAUGAAGCGUCUGCACAAACAUGUCAAGCAUGGCCACCGAAGCCACGGACACCACCACAGCCACGGGCAUCAUGGACAUGGACACGGACACAAGGGCAGCCACAUGUCCUUGCUCGAGCACCUCCACAAGGCGCAGCAGCCCGUCGGCGUGUACGAGAGCCAGCGCUACAUGGACGUCGAGCGUGUCGAGGACAGAGAGCUGGACCGAGUUCUCGAGGGCAUGGAGCUCUUGUCCAAGGGUUCGCUGCCAAUCGCCAAGGCUCUAAGCGAGGGUUUGGCGGCUGGUUCGGCUUGGUGCCACGCCAGUGACCGCAGACGGUUCGCUGGAGAUUUGGAACUCAAGAGGUGCAUCUCGGAACUCGAGGUGGAGCUCAAGCGGUACAAGAUGCUCCGUCCCGAUGUCAUCAAGCCGUUCGCCCACCUCUUCGACCCCAGCCAUCUUAGCGAAGAUAAGACGACGGUGCACCACAAGGGCCUCUUCUACUGCUUUGUGGCGCAGUACCACAUUAUCGAAUUUGGCGAGGCGCUGCACGCGUUCCUCGCCAUGCUCAGCAACAAGGACGACCUGCGUGUCAAGCGCAGACUGUGGCUCCCGUCCCCGUGGGCGCUGCUUGCCCAGUUUGGCAUCGAUUGGUGGAAACCCAAGGCCAAAGGAGCUGCGUCGGAUGCCACAGAGGAGGAGGAGAGUGAAGGGUUGGACGCUUCCCUGGACGACGAUGAGGAACAGGUGCACGACCAGCUCGGCGAGGCAAGGCGCCGUAACCCCGACUACAUGCCUUGGAAGUCGACGCCGCUCAUUCUCAUCUCCAAGCUGACCAAUGUGUCGGAUGUCUUGACCUCUCGCAGUGGCAUGUUCUUCUUCAAGGCCGCCAUUCUCAGUCUCCUGACGUCCAUGCCGGCCUACUUUCACAGCACCGCUGCCUGGUACUACGACAACCGAGGCAUUUGGGCUACGAUCAUGGCGCAGCUCACCCUCGCCGUCUUCUCUGGCGAGACACUUGCGUCGUGGGGCUCGAGGUUGAUCGCGUCCUUCUUUGGCGGUUGCAUCGGUCUCGCGGCUUGGUACACUGGCUCGGGGCAUGGAGACGGCAACCCGUACGGCCUGGGAGCCGUCUGCGCUGUCGUCUUCCCGCUCGUCGUCUUCUACCGCCUCUACUACCCCGCUCCCGUCACUGCGAUCGUGUUUGCGGCGUCCGUGUCUCUUGUUUCGUACCUCAACGGUCACCUCUUCAGACUUACAAACGCAUCGUGGGGCUGGGAGGUCGGAUGGCUUCGCUUCGUCUGCGUCGUUGUCGGCAUCACCUCUGCCUGGUUCUUCUCCUAUCUCCCGCCGGCGUACUCGGCAAGGUUUGCUACGCGGCAGUCGUACGCACGCUCAAUCGGCGCCACCGGCAGGAUCCUGUGCGAUAUUCUGUCCGCCGCAAACGACCCGCACCCGUACGUCGAUGAGACGCAGAACGAGCGCACUCGCCAAGAGAUCCAACGCGCCCGCGCCAAGCUCGCAAAGCUCAAACACCGCCACCACGACGCCACAAAGGAGUACACCAUCCGCGGUCGCUGGCCUGAGAAGAGCUACGCAGGCCUCCUGAUGACCCUCGAGGAGCUCGUCUCGCUCCUCAUGCAGUUCAACCACGUCCUGCCCCAGAUGGACCCGCACUGGCGCCGGAGCCUCCUUAUCCGCACCCGAAUGUCCGACCCCCUCUUCCUCGGCGAUGUGCUCGCCGUCAUCUCCAUGUCCAUGGCCGCGAUGCGCGCAGGCACCCCGCUACCGCAGAUCACUCCGGGCCCCCUGAUCGUCAAAUACCAUCAGAGCAAGCACAAGGGCUUUGUCGUGCCCCAGGAUCCUGGAGAGCGCCACGAAGACAUUCCGACCCAUGUCACGGUCGAAGUUCUCCAGGGAGAACAGUACAUGCGCUACGCCCUCGGCGUGGCAACGGUGUACGCCAUCAUGUCGAGGCUAGACGGCCUGGUGGCCGUGUGCAAGACGCUUCUAGGAGAAAACUUCCACAUCUCAAACCUGCGUUUCGGAGAAUCAGCGUAG